GUCGUGCACACGCGCUCGAUUUCCUCGUGUCCCUUCUCUCUCUCGAUCUCCCCCUCGCUUUGCUUUCCCCAAAUCGCGCAGCCGCCAUGGAGGAGAAGAAGCUGUCCUUCUCCAUCCCCUCCAAGGCCCGGCCGCCCAGGCCGGCCUCCCGCCCCGCCGCCACCGCCGCCGCCGCCGCCGCAUCCGACGACGGCGAGUACUCCGCGCGCGCCCCGGCCCCGCAGUUCGUCACCGAGUUCGACCCCACCCAAACCCUAGCCACCGGGGCCGCGCCGUCCGUCAUCGCGCCGCUCCAGAACUCCGGCCACUUCCUCAACCACCGCUCCCGCAAGCCCUCCUCGCUCCCCACCCCGGAGGAGGAGGCCGCCCUCGCCGCGUCCGCCGCCGGCGGCCCCUCCUUCGUGCUCGACACGUCCACCGCCCCCGACAACCCCUCCUCCCACAUCGCCUAUGGCCUCACCGUUCGCAACGCCGCGGCGGAGUUGGAGAAGGCGGCGGAGCCGGAGAAGACGCCCCCGCCUCCUCCUGCAGCUGGUGCCCCCAGCGGCGACCUUAUGCUGCGGAGGUACAAGGAGGACAUGGCCAGUCUCCCCGAUCACCGCGGCCUAGAUGAGUUCCGCGAUGUGCCCGUCGAGGGAUUUGGUGCUGCGCUGCUUGCUGGAUACGGCUGGUCGGAAGGUAAAGGUAUUGGCAGGAACAAUAAGGGGGAUACCAAGGUUGUUGAAUAUGACCGCCGUGCCGGUACACAAGGGUUAGGCUACAAUCCCUCUGAGGCCGACCCUAAGAAGACUCGCGCUGGCGAAUGGGUUGUUGGUGGGAACAAGGAGACCCAGAAUGGAAAUGCGAAGAAGAGAGACCGUGACAGUAGAGGUAGAACAGAGGAUAGAGACUCAAGCUCCCGCCAGAAGAGAUCCGGUGAGCGGAGGGCAGAGAGAGAGGUCCAAGAAAAGGAUAGAAAUUCUCGACAUACUAAACAAGUUAAGAUUGGUGGUGGUGGAGGUGACAAGAUGCGGUGGUUACACAGCGAUAUCAAGGUUAGGGUGGUUAGUGAGAGGUUGAGCAAGAAGCUGUACUUGAAGAAGGGGAGAGUUCUCGAUGUUGUGGGACCUACAACAUGUGACAUAAUUAUGGAUGAUCAGUCUGAGCUGGUGCAAGGGGUAGAGCAGGAUAUGCUCGAAACAGUCCUGCCACGGAUGAAUGGGCUGGUGCUUUUGCUUGCUGGGGAGCACAAAGGAUUAUGUGGGCACCUUGUUGAGAAGAAUUCAGAGGAGGAGACCGGAGUGGUGGAGCUGUCCAAUACAAAGGACAUGAUACGAGUGAAAUACGACCAGAUCGCAGAAUAUAUUGGAGACCCAGAGUCUCUUGAGUACUAGUUCUUCUUAUUCUUGAGGAGCCAGCAUUGUCUACCAAGAGUUCUUCUACGUGCUAGGAAUGCACAUUUCCCCGAAGAUGUCCUUGAUGGAUUGUAACUUUAAGGUGUUAAUGAGGGUUACAUAAACCUGAAAACAGAGAAGCCAAUUGCUUAUGGAUGUUGCAAAAAAGGUGAAGCUGAAAGUAGAAGUGAACUUAACAUCAUAGCCUACGCAAAGCGGUGAAAACUGACAUGCUUUCAGAUGACACAUGUACCAUUCUGUCCCAUGGGUUUAUUGACAAUCAACUGGAUUUUAUGUAUUUGAAGUAUGAUGCCCUUUCUCUGAUUCGCAUAUCAAUGGAAAAACUCAAAACCGUCUCUAGAUUUUGCAGAUGACAGUGGCAGUUGUGCGGUUGUGGUUCCGCAAUUCUCUUGUUGGCAUUGGGCUUGAUCGGUUGUGCUGGCUGCUGCAGCAAAUACUCUUUGGUUUGGAUUGGGGCUGACUGACUACAGCUGCGCUGCUGCAGCCAGCACUUCCGAUCAGGCUGAUUACUUUCUGCUAAUAUACUGUGAGAUAAUUUCCUGUGCAGAAAUAUUACUAUUUUCUACAUUGUACUAAACAACACACGGAGACAUACAAAUCGUGCUAUUUUCCAGUUUCGUAAUUCCGUAUGACAAUGGAACGAUACAGUUAAUGCACAUGCCCCCUUGACGAGAUAAAAUUCCACGGAGGUCGCGCAAGGAGAGGUGCGUGUUUGAUCUGCUAAUACGUUGGAGGUCGAGCAAGGAGAGGUUGGAGGUCUAAUGUGUUGGAGGUCGAGCAAGGAGAGGUACGUGUUUGAUCUGCUAAUGCCUUACCGUAAAACUGUCGUAGCACUUCUAUUUUGAUCUAACGUGCGCCAUCUUUAUUUUAACAUGUAGAACGUUAUCUAAUUGAAUGAAUAUUCUAUUUUAUUC